UUGUCUGACAGCCAUGAACAAAUUGGCAGCUAAUUAGGCGACCGAAAAACUAUCUCCCAAGAAAGCUGAACCCGCUCUGACCCAUCGGUUCUUCUUCCACUGGAAAUUUUCUCUCUGUCUCCCCUCCUCCUGGACCACGGCCACCAGAAUUUCAGGUCCCCCUCCAGGUCACUCAGACUCGAUUGCACAGGCCCAAUGGAGCAGCUGUGGAGAAACCAGACUCCAGUGGGGGAGUUCCUCCUGGCAGCCCUUUCCCCGACUCCACAGUCCCAGGCCGCCUUGUUUGCUGUGUUCCUCUUGGUCUACGUCUCCACGCUGGUGGGUAAUACCCUCAUCAUGGCGACAGUCAGCUCAGACCCCCGCCUCCGCACUCCCAUGUAUUUCCUGCUGGGCAACCUCUCCUUCCUGGACCUGUGCUACUCCACCAUCACUGCCCCCAAGAUGCUGUUGGACUUUCUGUCUGAGAGGAGGAGUAUUUCCUACCAGGCCUGCAUGGUCCAGCUCUUCUUCCUGCACUUCGUGGGGGCGGCCGAGAUGUUCCUGCUCACCGUCAUGGCCUACGACCGCUACGUGGCCAUCUGCAAGCCCCUCCACUACCCUAGCAUCAUGAACCGGACCCUAUGCAGCUGGCUGGUGGCGGCUUCCUGGGCGGGAGGGUUCAUCCACUCCAUGGUCCAGACCAUCCUCACCAUGCGGCUGCCCUUCUGCGGGCCUAACCGGGUGGACAACUUCUUCUGCGAUGUCCCACCAGUGAUCAAGCUGGCCUGCACCGACACCUAUGUGGUGGAGCUGCUCAUGGUCUCCAACAGUGGGCUAAUCUCCACCAGUUGCUUCGUUAUCCUGGUAGCCUCUUACACCACCAUCUUGGUGAGGAUUCGCUCCCCUGAAGGGCGUCGCAAGGCGCUCUCAACCUGUGCCUCACACCUGACUGUGGUGACCUUAUUCUUCGGGCCCUGCAUCUUCAUCUACGCCCGGCCCUUCUCCAUCUUCUCAGUGGACAAGCUGGUCUCAGUCCUGUACAACAUCAUCACCCCCAUGCUCAACCCCUUGAUCUACACACUCAGGAACAAGGAGGUGAAGUCAGCCAUGAGUAGACUGAGGACAAGGGGCAUUACUUCUGGGGGGAAGGUAAUAGUCUGAGAUGCAGGGAGAGCUGAGAACCAGGCAGCCAUCUUGGGGAGAUAUGGAUCAGCCAAGGCAGCCAUCUUGGGGAGAUAUGGGCUGGACAAGGCAGGGGAGCCAUAGAAGCCAGGAGUCCUGCCUCCCAGCCCCGUCCCCACUCUAAUCCACUAAACCCCACUCCUCUCCCAGAGCUGGGGAUAGAACCCAGGAAUCCUGGCUCUCAGACCCUCACCUCCACUCUUUCCACUAGACCUCCAACUCUCUUACAACAGGAAUGUCUUUAGCGGUUAUUGGAUGACUCUGUAACAUGCAGCCUGCAUUAAUCAUCCGAUGUCCUGCAGGACAAAGAGGCCCACAACACCUAAGUCCCAGCCCUCCCUGCUGGGGGACCUGGGAUUAGAACUUGAGAUCUUCUUCUCCACAUGCUCACUGAGUUAAAUGAGAGCCCCUAGCUGCAGCACUAUGAUGUCUCUGAUAUCGCCAUGCUGUCGCUAGGGGACGACAUUGCCCCAAGAUGGUACAUUGCAACUUGGCAACGUGGUCCUGGGGUGGAUUUUGGCAGCAAACACUGGACCCGAAGUGCCUUGUCAGCCCUUUCACCCCAGAGGAAUGACACUGGCUGUUUUCACAAUUCAGCUCCAUCCCCUAGGGUAUUAAUUACAGAUAAUGAUUCCCCACCACCUGGGACAUCGUUAGGAACUGACGCACCCAGCAAGAAAUUGCCACUGGUUUCUGGGGAAGCUUUCAGCAAAUAACAGGAUGUUUGUCCUCCAAGAGGCAGCCUUCUUGGAAACUCUCAAAGCUGGGGAAUGCCAGAUAAAGAAACUGAGGCACAGAAUUACCUAGAUGCAUAGAUGAUAAUGCCCAGGAAGGAUCAUUGUUAUCAUCAAGUCUGACCUCCUGAUGAUCACAUCCAGUGACUCAUUGCAGUUGACCUGGAGCAAGCCUCUUGGAAAGAGGUGCCCCAUCUCCAUGGAAAAUCUCCAAGAGAUGGAGAAUCCAUCAUGUCCCCAAGUCAAUUGCUCUCCUGGUUCAUUGUUAAAGAUUUGCACCUUAUUUCCAGCCUGGACUUUGCUGAUUCCAGCUACCAGCCAUUGGGUCUCCAGGCCAUAGAUCAUUCCCGUAGCUCUUCUCCCCUUCAAUGGUACGGAGAAGCUCUAGCGAUUCCAUCGUUAAUAAGAGGCAAUUUUCCAAAGGGCCCUAAAAUCCACUUGCCUAUUUGGAUUGUCUUGGAAAUUGCCAUGUUUUUUCAGGAUCUCUCAUAGAAUUAGGGAUGCAAAUUGGGGGAGCAUUUGGUCAAAGGAUCCCAGAGAUAGAGCAAAAAAGAACCUGCCAGUCAAAUUUCUCCCAUUUUUCAUUUUUGUGCACACUCACAUCUGGAACCGUGGCAAGAAUCUGCACAAAAUGAUCUCAGCCAGUUGGAUUGGACCUUAGCGGACACCCAGUUCUGCACUGAGGCAGCAAUGGUGCCCAGGCAGGGCCAGCCUUAGGGAAAAUGGCACCCUGGGCAAACUUGUAUUUUGGCCCCCCAGACCCUCACUGCCUCCCCGAGCUCCCCACCCAACCCCCAUCACCCCUAGGCCCCACUCUGAUCCAGUGCAUAGUUGAAUCUGGGGAUCCCACAUAAUAGGUGAGUGUCCUAACCCCUUGGGUUCUUGGGCAUUCUAGGGUGGGCUUCUCUCCUGUUGAAGCAGUUGAAGGUCUCAUUUGUGCAACAGCAGUGUGCCUAAAUGUUGGGUGUUGCGACACUCAGCCUAAAUCCCCCUCUGGAAUCUAGCACUAAUAGCUCCAGUGAAGCUGGGUGGUGGCCGCAAGCCACGGGAAGAGGUUAGAGCCAGAGGCUGGACAUUUCCAAGGCUCUAGAGUGAGCUGGGAUGCCAAAUCCCACUGCAGUUCAUAGAGACUUUAGAGACACUACAGCCAAAGACAGAAGGUGCUGUUGAACCUUGGAAGAUGUGAAGAUUCCCAUGUCACCCAACCCCAAAGAAAUCAGUAUAUCCCCCGACCAGAGAACACACCCCUCAGUUUACUACGAGCUGCCUCUGUCUGGAGCUGUAUCGACAGAAGUAUCUGUUCAGUAUUAACGAGGUGAUCAAAGAGAUUGCCACCCAGCCAGGUGAAACACACCAAGGUGGGAAGAUCAGUCCCAGGGAGCUGCAGAAGAUCCCAAGCACGUUCCAAUGGGAAUCAGGUGUUCAGAUCCCCUGGGUGGCUUUGUCAACUUCACGGAUGGGUUCUGGUUGCAAAACUCCACAGCCCUCAGCAGCGAAGGAGAUCAGCCAUGAAUUGAGAACAGAAGAACAUAAGAACGGCCAUACUGGUCAGACCAAAGGUCCAUCCCAGAAUUCUGUCUUCCUCUGGACUCUUCCAAUUUCUCCACAUCUUUCUUAGGGUUUGGUGCCCAAAACUGGACACAGUUCUCCAGCAGUGGCCUCACCAGUGCUGAGUAGAGCAGGACAAUGACUUCCCAUGUCUUACAGAUAAUGUUCCUGUUAAUACUCCCCAAAAUAAUAUUAGCCUUUUUUUCAGUUGCAUCUUAUUUUUGGCUCAUGUUUGUGAGCCAGGAUAACCCAUGGCUCCUUUACAGCAAUGCUACCACCUACCCAGUUAUUCCCCAUUUUGUAGUCAUGUAUUUGAUUUUACCAUCUUAAGUGCACUAAUUUGCACUUGUCUUCACUGAAUUUCCCCUAAGUGAUUUCAGAGCAGUUCUCCAAUUGCUCAAGACGAUGUGAAUUCUAAUCCUGUCCUCCAAAGCUCUGGUAACCCCUAACAACCUGAGGUCAUCCACAGAUUUUAUAAGCAUCUUCUCCGCUCCCUCAUCUGAGAUGUUAAUGAAAAUCCCUGGAGGGUCCCUUAACAUGUCCUCCCUGUUUGACGGUGCAGAAUUGAUAACUGCUCUUUAAAUACCAGUUGUGCACUGGAAUUUCAGCCAGACUGUAUUUCCCCCCCUUUUUUUAUUUACUACCAUGGGGAACGGGGCCAGAUGGGACAAAACAUGGGGGUCUGCAUAUCAUGGCUUCAGGGACGAUCCUGCUCUGGAGGAGAUGGAUGGGGGGUAGGACUACAUGUGUUGUGUUGUAUGGAUCUGUAAUUUUUUUCUACAGCUUUU